AUGGCUCUCCUAAGAACUUUCCUCGCUUCCCUGCUUGUUGCAGCUCCCUUUGCUGCCGCUGCUCCUAUUGAUGUUGCCGAGACCCUGGGUGACAUGGCCGACAGUAUCGGAGGUGGCCUUGGAAAUGAAGCGGACAAGAAGAUGGGAAUUAGCGCUUUCCUUCGACCCAUGCUCAAGAACCCCGAUGCUCAAAACAUCAUCGCUAACCGAUAUAUCGUUGUGUACAAUGACACCUUUGACGACGAUGCGAUCAGUGCCAAGGAGGCUUCCUUUGCUGCCGCUAUCAAGAAGCGAAAUCUCAACAAGCGAAGCUCAAUCGGCGAGGCCAUGUCUACUUCAAUUCAGUCGUUCCGCAUGAACAAGUGGCGUGCCAUGUCUCUAGACGCCGACGAUCUCAUGGUUCAGGAUCUUUACAAUUCUGAUGAGGUUGCAUAUAUCGAGGCCGACCAGAAAGUUCAACUUAAUGCUGCUAUUGCUCAAGUUAAUGCCCCUCCUGGACUUGACCGUCUCUCUCACGCCCAGGUCAACCAGGACACCUAUGUCUUCGACGACUCUGCUGGCGAGGGCAUUACUGCCUACGUUGUCGACACUGGUAUCAAGAUUGAUCACAGCGAGUUUGAGGGCCGUGCCACUUUCGGAGCCAACUUCAUUAACAAUGUUGAUGACGAUGAGAACGGUCACGGCAGCCACGUUGCUGGUACUAUCGGUGGUGCUACCUUUGGUGUUGCCAAGAAGGUUGACCUUGUUGCCGUCAAGGUUCUCGAUGCCUCAGGCGGUGGCAGCAACUCUGGUGUCCUCCAGGGCAUGCAGUUCGUUAUUGACGACGCCAAGAAGAAGAACCGCGUUGGCAAGGCUGUUAUGAACAUGUCUCUUGGUGGUGACUUCUCUCAAGCCAUCAACCGUGCUAUCGAGGCUCUCUUCAAGGCUGGCGUUGUCCCUGUUGUUGCUGCCGGUAACGAGAACCGUGAGACUGCCCUUACUUCUCCUGGCUCUGCCCCCAACGCCAUUACUGUCGGUGCUAUUGAUGCCACUACCGAUGAGCGUGCUGAUUUCUCCAACUUUGGCCCCGAGGUCGACGUCUACGCUCCCGGUGUUAACGUCCUCAGUGUCGGCAUCAAGUCAAACACUGACACCGCUACCCUCAGCGGUACCAGCAUGGCCUCUCCUCACGUUGCCGGUCUCGCCGCCUACCUCAUGGGCUUCCAGCAGCUCGACGGCCCUGCUCAGGUCGCCAGCCUCAUCAAGAGCCUCGCUGGACAGACUGGUGCCAAGGUCAAGAACAACGUCCAGGGCACUACCAGCAACAUCGCCAACAACGGCAACCAAUAG